AUGGAAUUUUCUCUCCUCUCGGACGUCCUCCCCCUAGUAUGUGUCCUCAUAGCCACAGCCCUCACGGUUAGGCUCUUGAGGUCGAAGUCUGAUGCCGGUUCCUUACCACCCGGGACCACCGGAUGGCCGAUCUUCGGCGAGAGUUUGGAAUAUCUCAAGAAAGGAUGGAAUGGAAACCCUCAAGAGUUUAUACAAGAAAGAAUGGCCAUGUUCUCCCCUCAUGCCUUUAAAACUUCCCUCUUCGGGGAGCAUACCAUCGUCCUUUGUGGAGCUGCGGGCAAUAAGUUUAUGUUCUCGAACGAGAACAAACUCGUCACCGCUUGGUGGCCCACGUCUAUUGACAAGAUAUUUCCAUCGUCAACUCAAACUUCAUCGAACGAGGAGAUGAAGAAAAUGAGGAAGCUCCUCCCGCAUGUUCUAAGGGCGGAGGCCCUUCACCGUUACAUUGGAAUAAUGGACUCCAUCUCCCGUCGCCACCUUGAAUCUGACUGGGCUAACCGCGAUGAGGUCACCGUGUUUCCACUUGCCAAGAUGUACACAUUUUGGCUCGCGUGUCGCCUCUUCAUCAGCGUUGAGGAUCCCGAUCAAGUCGCUAAGUUCUCCGAGCCCUUCAACCUCCUCGCCUCGGGGAUCUUUUCUGUCCCCAUACACAUCCACGGGACGCCUUUCAACAAGGCCAUUAAGGCCUCCAAUCAAAUUCGAAAGGAUCUUAGAGCCGUUAUCAAGCAAAGGAAGAUCGACUUAGCCGAGAACAAGGCGUCUCCUACUCAAGACAUAUUGUCGCACAUGUUGUUGACGGCCGACGACGAUGGAAACUUCAUGCAUGACAUGGAUGUUGCCGAUAAGAUUUUGGGAUUGUUGGUUGGAGGACACGACACCGCUAGUAUAACAAUAACCUUCAUCAUAAAAUAUCUCGCCGAGUUGCCCGAGGUCUAUGCCGAGGUUAUUAGAGAACAAAUGGAGAUAGCGAAAUCUAAGGCACCGGGAGAACUAUUGAAUUGGGAUGAUAUUCAAAAGAUGAAAUAUUCAUGGAAUGUGGCAUGCGAGGUGUUGAGACUUAACCCUCCCCUUCAAGGUGCUUUUCGUCAAGCCAUAGUUGAUUUCACUUACUCCGGUUUCUCCAUUCCAAAGAGAUGGAAGCUCUAUUGGAGCGCACACUCGACUCAUAGAAACCCUAAAUAUUACCCCGAGCCAGAUACUUUCAACCCAUUGAGGUACGAAGGUAGUGGACCGGCACCAUACACUUACGUGCCCUUUGGAGGGGGGCCACGGAUGUGUCCCGGUAAAGAGUACGCGAGGUUGGAGAUCCUCGCCUUCAUGCACAACCUAGUCACGAGAUACAAGUGGGAAAAAGUUAUUGUCGAUGAUAAGAUCAUCGUGGAUCCUAUGCCCGUCCCAGAAGGUGGCCUCCCAAUUCGCCUUUAUCCUCUAAAAGCCUAAAUUGCCUAUUGUAAUGGUUUCUCGAGUUGUUCUCAUAGUCGU